CUAAAAGAAAUAACCCUUCAAUAACUCCAAUAAUCAAAAGAAAUGGGCGGGGAACAAUAUAAGCCACCACUUUAAAGGGCAGAAAUUGCGAAACAGAAAGAAAUCAAUGGCGUCAUGUAAAUUGUCACGUCUUUCAUUAAUAAGGGCGAGUCGAUUUUCAAAGAAUGAGGAUAAUGCCUCCGGAUGGAUGAACGCAGGCAUGAAGGACUCUACUGGAUCCCGCUGCGGUAAUCACUUUCAACGUAACACUACAUAGGGGGAUACGACGAAAAUCAAAUACCAAAUUAAAAGACCUGAGAAUAAUGUGGAAAAAAAUUAAAUGGACAAAGGUCAAACUUAACGGCAGCCAUUGAAAUAAAAAUUCAAGGAGGGGGUCCAUCUAGGAGGAACUCGAUUAACAUAGCAGAGGAUCCAUCGCUGUGAGUGAGUGGUACUUAUACGAUAAUUAGGCCAAAGGCGUCUUGGAUCACACCAUUAUCCAAGUAACCUGAGUCAACGGAUCUGAAUCUACUCACGAAUAUCCCUCACAUUACCACGCUUUUCAAGAGGUCAUCUACACGGGGGGGACCCAUGCAGACGACAUUAGCGAUCCGGGCUCAUCUAACGUGAUAAGAUCAUUGAUGAUAUUCGUUUGUAGUCCGCGAAGUGCAGCUCCUCGGCUUCGCCACAGCACCCAUACAACACGACGGAACUUAACUAUGUAAUCAAGAAGGCUCAACUGAAUCAAAUGCGCAAACCAAUGGUAACGGCAGCAAACUCAGAACUACUUGCCUAUACCUCAGUACACAUUUAAUUCGCCUUUUUACGACUAAGGAAUAUUGGACCGAUCCCAAUAUCGACGAAAAGUCCCUUAGCCACUCGCCAGUUUUCCCUCUCCAGCACGGAGGAAUGGAUUCAAUUAAUGGCCAACACAGUGGUGGGAAUUUAAGUGUUUAAUUAACAUGCUUUUUUUCACGCGUAGAAAGUUUUUAGACUUUGUCGAGGUUUGAACCAUCGACGCAUGUUGUAGCAAAUCAGCUUGCUAACCACUGCAGUAUUCGACCUUAUGUUUAAUAGCAAAUUGUAAGUAAUUAUUCGUUAUAAAAGAUCUUACUUUUUUCCAUUCUUCCCUUUUUCCAACAUAUAAACUUAUUCUAAUAGUUUAGGCAAAUCUAGUUUCCAGUACCUCCGCGUUGAAUUCAGUUGGAAUUUCAUAUCGACAAAAUCCGCCGGUUGUUGCUCACAUUGAACUUGAUCAUCUCGAGACGGAGUUUUAGGCAGCAAAAGGUGCUGUGUGCUUGGUAAAAACCCAUCCACUCACCGCUAACCCUGAUGGACGCAUCAUGUCGAAAUCCACAAACAAAACUAAGUUGACAUUAGAAGAAAAACGGGCGCCACUCAAUUCCCAGUUUGAACGUGGUGUCUGUCACAUGGCUCUAGUGUAGUAGACAAUCCAUCACUCAAGUGGCUUCUCUUUGGCGUAUUACUUUCCAUAUGUCUACGUGACUGGAUGCGCGUUUCUUUCACACGUCGUCCCUUUUUACAAAAGGAACAGAGGAGGGAAUCCCCCCCAAACCCAUCUAUUGUGGGCCUAUAAAAGACGGGCUUCCCCAUCGUUUGGAUCAUCAGUCAACUGUCAAAUCUCCAGCAGCAGCAAACUAACCGUCUCAUCACCACUACAAUGGACGUCCUCAAUUCAGUCAACGUUGCUGCCGUUCAAAGCACCUGGGCCGUCAUUAAAUCGGACAUCAACACUUUUGCUCCCCAAUUCUACGUGGCACUGUUGACUGCUUAUCCGGAAUACCAAGCCAUGUUCCCCACCAUCGCCAAUGUUCCAUCCGGCCAACUGUUGAACAACGCUGCUCUCAUUACCUUGUCAGUCAAUGUCGUCACCAAAUUGUCGGAAAUCAUCGACUCUUUGGGCAAUUCAGGAGCCUUGAACGCAAAAUUGGUUGAUCUGGCCAACCAGCAUAAACAGCGCGGAACAACUCGAGCCCAUUUCGACAACAUGGCCACCGUGUUGGUGAGAUUUUUGGCUGCCACUCUCGGCUCCGCCUUCACUCCGGAAGCCAAACAAGCCUGGACAUCCACCAUGCAAGGCAUCAACACCGUCAUCGAAGCUUCUGCUUGAAAUCCAUUCCUCCUGCAUUGCAAGUAGCUGCUUUUCCCACUACCGAUCAAAAAAUUUAUAUUACAGGCAUAUGUCAACUAAUUGAAAUGAGGAGAAAUUAAAAAUACACAAUUUA